AUGUAUAUGUGCUAUCUUGUGUGCUUUCGGAUUGACACAGUUUCAUACAAUGUUCGUGACUGUUUUGACGAUCGGAAUAUUGAAAAGAGUAAAAGGAAUCGAUGA